AUGGCUGACGGGGACUCGGCGGCGGCCUACGCGUCGCCGCGGUCGCCGCUGCCCCCGGAGACGCCGUCCACGCAGAAGCGGCGGCAGCGCGGCCUCGUCUCGCGGGUCUGGAAGGGCAUCUUCGGCCGCCGCGAGGACGUCGAGAAGCUGCUGCAAGCGCUCUCCAAGGAGGAGGAGGCCCUCCGCUCCCGCGUCCACCGUCGCGCCCGCGCCUCCCGCGCCUCCGCCCACAACGUCCUCGCCCUCGCCUCCGCCCUCGAGAUCGCGGCUGUUGGAUAUGCGAUUAUGACUACCAGAUCCCCAGACAUCCCCUGGCAGAUGAGGGCAGCCCGGGUGCUGCCCAUGUUCUUGGUUCCUGCUUUAGCUGCUCUCAUCUACUCAGCUAUUACAAGCAUUGCGAAAUUCCUUGAUAAUAGAGAUCAACAUACUCUUGAAAAGCUUCGUGCUGAAAGGCAGGCCAAGAUUGAUGAGUUGAAAGAAAGAACAAACUACUACACUACCCAGCAACUUAUACAGAGAUAUGAUCUUGACCCUGCUGCAAAGGCAGCUGCAGCAAGUGUUUUGGCAUCUAAGCUGGGUGCGGAUUCUGGAUUGAGAGUCUUUUUUGGAGAUGAGUCGAACGUGGAUGGAAGUAAAAGUAAUGAUCAGCACGGACAGACUUCUGGUCUGAGGCAAAGAAAACCGGCCCACUCAGGCCAUGGCUCUGGACCGACCCAUCCCUCUGAGCCAUCAGACGGCUCGAGUAUAUAUGACGGUAACGAAAGCCCCACUGCAAAUCGGACUGUUGAGCACUUCAGAGGCCAUGCUGGCAAUGAUGGCGGAUGGCUCGCACGAGUGGCCGCUCUGCUUGUAGGGGAGGAUCCAACACAAUGCUUUGCGCUGAUAUGUGGCAACUGCCAUAUGCAUAAUGGUCUUGCAAGGAAAGAGGACUUUGCGUUCGUUACGUACUACUGUCCUCACUGCAAUGCUCUCAACGGACCGCGGCAACACGAGGACGGUGAAAGCGUCCAAGCCGGCGCCAGCCUUGCGGACUCGGGCGUCAGCAGUCCUGUCGGGAGGAGCUUGCCGACCGUCGAAGAACAGCCUGCAGAAAGUCCUGCUGCGAGUAACUCAACGGUCGCUGAAAAACCUCAGGCGGAGAGUUCUGCUGCUACAAAUAGCUCAUCACCAACUGUGGAGAAGGGUGCUAGCGUGAUGGAUGCCCGUUUGACGGCAUCUUGCCCAGCUGCUUGA